AUGGAAAAAAGGGUAAACAGGUUGAAUAUUACAAAUGAUAGUGUCAUUGGCACACUCUAUAAUUUUCCAUUUUCAUCUCUCACUUUUCUUGAAUAUGUUGAUCUGAGCAUCAACCAGCUCUAUGGUAUCAUCCCCUCUGCAAUAGGAAACCUCACUAAUCUUGUCUAUCUUGACUUGUCGGCUAAUCAGUUUUCAGGCACAAUCCCACCACAAAUCGGCUCACUAACAAAACUUGAGAUCCUCUACAUCUUUGAAAACCAUUUAAAUGGUUCCAUUUCAGGAGAGUUGGGGAAUGUGAAAAAUCUUGCUGAACUUGUUUUAGAUUAUAAUCAACUUACUGGUUCUAUUCCUGCUUCAUUUGGCAAUUUGAGAAACUUGCGUACUUUGUUUCUCCAUGCCAACAAGCUUUAUGGUUCCAUUCCGAAAGGGCUUUCAUAUUUGGAUAAGUUAAAAGCACUGGUUAUUAGUGAUAAUCAACUUUCAGGCCAUUUGCCAAGGUAG